AGCAUCGGUGUUAAAUAACGGAUUGGUGGCAGCACUAAUUUGUUAUUUGCAUCCCCUAAGUUGGACUCCGUGGUGGGUGGUGCCUCUGGUAGCUGAAGUGAUUGAUAUUUUCUAUGGCCGAAAAUAGUAAGGUGUUCAGUUCCGCACACCACUGCAAAAACAGCGGAACAACCUCAGUACCGUGUGAUUACGCUCGAUUUUUCUUGGUAGCUCUUACGAAUCCGAAUGUACCGAAUACUUCUUUCAAUAAAGUAUCUCCAUUUCUUAUUCACAAGGCUCUUCUUUCUAUACUGGGAGAUGUCGCCUCUGUGAAAAAAUUACGCUCAGGUGACCUCUUAGUUGAAGUCUCCUCGAUGACACAGGCCAACAUUUUAUCUAGUUGUACAUCUAUGUGUUCAUUCAAAAUUAAUGUCACGCCUCAUAAGUCACUAAACACUUCUCGAGGUGUAAUAUCAGCAGCAGAAUUCGUGAACGAUGACGAAGAAAUGCUUGUUGAAAACCUUGCAGAUCAAAAUGUCACCGCAGUUCGUAGGAUUAAAAUUCGGAGGGACGGUCAUCUUGUCCCUACCAAACAUCUUAUCCUAACAUUCAAUACACCAAAGUUACCAUCUUCUGUGAAACUUGCUUGGUAUAAUUGCCCAGUUCGACCGUACGUGCCAAAUCCUUUGAGAUGUUUCCAAUGUCAAAGAUUUGGUCACGCUAAAACAUCCUGUCGAAGCAAUCCAACCUGUGCCCGUUGCUCUGGCUCUGACCAUGACGAUGCUUCCUGCGAGUUGCCAUCCCUCUGCAUUAACUGCAAAGGGGAUCAUCCUGCAUACUCGAGAAGCUGUCCAAAAUGGUCACAAGAAAAAGAAAUUCAAACUGUUAAGGUAAUGCAAAAUCUAACUUUCAAUGAAGCUCGCCGUAUAGUCACCGCCCGUACUCCUCGGUCGGGAGUGUCCUAUGCAGCGGCAGCUAAGACUUCCCUGCGUACAGUCAGCACACAAACAGAUACUCCACAGCAAACCAACAAGAAACCACUGUUUAAUUUCACUGGACCUACCACCCGAUCCAUAUCCAUAUCUCCGCCACCACAGAAAGCACCUAGAACAACUUCGUCUGAAAGAUCUCGGCCUGCUCAUAAGCAGUGUUCGAACUUAAAACUCCCCCCUAGUCAAAAACCAGGAAUUUCUCGCAAGAAAAAAGACUCUAAAUUUAAUCAAUACUCAAAAAAACCUACUACCAACAAUCUUGAACCCAUGGAAGAUGAAAUAAGUCUGCAUCCAUCGGAUGAUGAGUCACUAUUCGAUGACGCUCCGACUGUUAUAACUUCAACAUCUAAAACAUAAUGUCAAUUUCUUUUAUAUCAUGGAAUUGUCGUAGUACGCGCAAUAAGAAGUCUGACAUCAAAGACAUCAUUUUAAAAUAUCAUCCUACAUGUUUUAUGCUUCAAGAAACUCAUUUAUCUCCUUCUCACAGUUUCAACAUUCGAAAUUAUGCGUGUCAUCGAAAUGAUUACGUUGAUGGUAAUCGACCUACCGGUGGCGUUGCAAUUUUUACCUCCACAUGUUUCCCUUCAUCUCGCCUUUCGCUAUCAACUUCAUUACAGGCUAUUGCUGUUCAAGUUCACCUUAAUAUUUUGAUUACAGUUUGCUCAAUUUAUUUACCUCCACACACUUCCAUUGCUCAAGCCGAUUUAAAUUCACUACUUCAUCAACUGCCCAUUCCAUUCAUUUUGGUUGGGGAUUUUAAUGGCCAUAGUGAGCUAUGGGGUAGUUCUGACUCUAAUGCUCGAGGGCGACAAAUAGAAAGACUUAUCCUAGACAAUAACCUAUGUUUGCUGAACCAAGGAGAAGACACGUAUUUUCAUGAACCCACAAGGACCUUUCAUUGCAUUGAUUUGGCCUUCUGUUCACCUAUACUUUUACCGUUCUCCCAAUUUACCGUCGACGAAGAUCUUCAUAACAGCGAUCAUUUCCCAAUCAUAAUUUCGUAUUCAUCUAGUGUUCCUAUCACUACCAGACCCCCAGUUUUUAUCUAUCAUCGUGCGGAUUGGAUUCUAUUCUCGCAACUUGCUGACAUUACUGAAGAUAUGGUGACUGACAACAGUAUUGACACUGCGGUUGAAAAAGUAACUUCGGUGAUUAUGCAUGCUGCCGAAUCCAGCAUACCAAAAACUACUGCAUCUCUCCCUCGUCAUCGUAAGCCGUGGUGGAAUGCUGAAUGCGCAGCUGCUCAUAAAAAGCAGAAACGUUUGUGGAGCAUAUUCCGUCGUUCUCCUACCACUGCUAACCUUUUAGCUUUCAAACAUGCCAAAGCCAUCGCACGUAAAGUGAGGCGCAAAAGUCAGAAAGACUCCUGGCGCCGUUAUGUCUCUUCUAUUACAGCUACGACCUCUCCCAGACAAGUCUGGUCGAGAGUCAAACGAGCUAAUGGUAUUUACCGUGAAUUUCAUCUUCCGGUAUUUGAAAAAAACGGUACCAUAUAUUCGUCUCCUACUGACAUUUGUGAUAUCCUUGGCGAGGCAUUUGUAACGGUUUCUAGACCUGAUAGCUACAGUUUAGCGUUCCAAAGCUACAAGCAAAAUGCUGAACGGAUGACUAUUAACUUUCAUACGCGCCGCAACUUUCAUUAUAACUGUGAUUUUAACUUUACAGAAUUGCAGAGAGCACUGUUUCGAGCUAAUAACACAAGUUCCGGUCCUGAUGGUACCACAUAUCACAUGCUCCGCCACUUAGAUCGGACGUCUUUGUCAAAUGUCCUUAUACUAUUUAAUAGAAUAUGGACUGAACAAGCGUACCCUUCUGGUUGGCAUGAAGCAAUUGUUAUACCUAUAUUAAAACCAGGAAAAGAUGCUAAAAAUCCAAUCAAUUAUCGACCUAUUGCGUUAACCAGCUGUCUUGGUAAAACGUUUGAGCGAAUGGCUAACUCACGACUUGUGUACUAUAUCGAAAAGAAUCACGUUAUUCUAGAUUUUCAGAGUGGUUUCCGUAAGGGACGAUCCACAAUCGACAACAUUGUAGAACUGGAAACGCGAAUCCGUAAUGCCUUUGUCCGGUGAAAUCAUCUUGUCUCUGUCUUCUUCGAUAUUGAGAAAGCUUAUGACCAGACUUGGCGUUAUGGAAUUCUCAAAGCUCUAUUUGAAAUGGGUCUCCGAGGUCAUUUGCCUAUUUUCAUCAGAAACUUUUUAUUGAAGCGCUUUUUUUUUGCGUUAAGAUUGGAUCCAACUUUUCUCAACGAU